UGCAUCCGGAAUUCCGAGGGUGGGACCCAAAAUGGCGGAGCACAGGGUCAGCGUGUGAACUCGGUCAAUUAAUUAAAACCCUGUUUAGCGGAUAGUGUAAAGGAGCGGAGAACACACCGAGAGACGAUGUUCGCCAAGAGUUUUCGUGUCAAGUCCAACAGCGCGAUCAAGGGCUCGGACAGGAGGAAACUCCGAGCAAACGUACAGGCUGCAUUUUCUUUGUCUGCCAAUCAACUGUCACGCCUCAUACCCAACAAGGAGGAUCUGAAUGUGGUGAAAAUAUAUCUGCACAAAGGAGAAGCAGUGACUGUUUAUGUUUUGAACAAAAACCCCAUCUUCUUUGAAAUGGACAAGAGAUUCUAUCCAACAGUAUAUGCCCUGUGGAGCUGUCCGGAAAUGCUGGUUUCGUUCACAACAUGGCCCGCGGUUUUACCAAAGCUUGUCGGAGGAGCAGAUCUGAUGUUGCCUGGAGUGAUUUUGCCCCCUGCUGGUCUCCCAGAGGUAUUACAGGGAGACCUUUGUGCCAUUACCCUUGUUGACAACAGAGCUCCAGUGGCAAUAGGCUUGGCCAAUAUGUCAACAGCAGAGAUGCUUGAAGCUGGUAUGAAAGGAAAAGGCAUUACCACUCUCCACACGUACCUGGACCAACUUUGGGCAUUUGGAGAAAAGACACAUCCACCUGUUAUUGCGGCCGAGCAUGAUUACUCUGACGAGACUGGAGAUCAAGAGGAGGAAAAGGAGGAGGUGGAGGAAGAGUUAGAUGUUGAAGCUGUUGGUGUUGAGAAUGUGGCUGCAGAAGGAGAUGCACCAGACCUCAACACUCUCAGUUUGAAUGUGGAAGCGGAACCUGAGCCUGUAGCUUCCCCGACAGAGCAAGACAGCGACUCUGAACUUGAAGCCUUGGAGAGCGUUCAUUUAACAGAAACAUCAAAAGAUGCUGACAGUCAGCAGGACGCUGCAGAAAUCGUCAGGACCACACAGGAGCAGAUGGACGAGAUUCUGCUGGAGUGUUUCCUUCAUGCUCUGAAACGUAAAGUGAAGAAAGCAGACCUUCCAUUGCUCGCAAGUACCUUCUUUAAGAAUCACAUGUAUCCCUGUUGCCCUGAAGGUAGAACUGUAGAUGUGAAGAAAUCAAGCUAUAAGAAGCUCUCAAAGUUUCUGCACUCCAUGCAACAGAAGCAGAUCAUUCAGGUGAAGGAAUUCUCCAAGGGCGUUGAAAGCAUCGCAGCUGUGAACUGGAAUCAUGCAGAUCUGAAGUCCUUUGUGCUUACUGAAACAGCCACUGGUGAUGAAGUGGUGAAGAUUGACAAGGAGACUAAGAUGGUCUACCAACCACCUGAGAUCAGCUCCUUUUACAGUGUUUCCAGUAGAUUACUUCCCCUCUUUGAGCACGCAGCACUCAGAAAAGAUGCCACCCUCUCGAGUGUUGAUGUUAGAAAUAUCAUCACAAAUUAUGUGAAGUCCAAUGAGCUAAUAGAUGCCUGCAAUAAAAAUUAUGUCGUUGUUAAUCCCACUCUUUGUGACUGCAUAUUGGAAAAAUCUGAGCACCACACUGUCACUAAACUCAAAUGGGAUGAUCUCUUUGCCAGGUGUCUGGAGAGGCUGCAGGAAUGUCAUCAAGUGACUUUCCCUGGGCAGAAGCCAAUCGUUCGAAAGGGCUGCAUUAAACACAUCAUCAUUGAUGUCGCACAGCGUGCUUCAAGCAAAAAGGUAACACUGAUCAAAAACCUCGAAGAGUACGGCAUUGAUCCUCAGGUCAUUGGAAACGCCCUUCAGUUGAGAGCCCAGGCCAGUGUCACCUUGAAUCCGAUCCCUGGAACAAAGGAUAAGAUGGUCCUUCAGGUUCAAGGGAACCAGGUUAAUCAUGUUGCCAAGCUCCUAACAGAGGAGUAUGGCAUCCCAUCAAAAUAUAUUCAAGGUUUGAAUAAAGCCCCAAAAAGUGGCAAGAAGAAGAGAUGAUGGACAAUUCAGCUGCACUACCAAUCUCUUUCUAUUAGACUUCUAGGCAAAUCUUUAAUUAGUGAUUUCCGAAGCAGGUAAUGAAAGAGCAGGCAGGUCUGUGUAAAGUACCCCACUUGGAUAAACUAUUUGAAAGGAAUAGCCCAAGCGAUAAGCCAGCCCUGAACUGUAUUCACUGCUGGGAAGGUGAGGUCACUGGCAGAUCCUAAGCCCUCUCUACUUUGCAGUGUUCUGGGCAAAUGCAUUUUCCAAGAUCUCUCAACAAAGAAGUUCAUUGUGCAAUGCUGUCCGAGUGACUUCAAUAUGAUGAAGUACAGUAGAAUUGCAAUAAAACUCCAUACACUAAA